AUGGAUAACAGAGGCUUUCAGCAGGGGAGUUUCAAUAGCUUCCGGAGCAGCUCCAGUGAUGAAGACUUGAUGGACAUUCCAGGGACAGCUAUGGAUUUUUCCAUGAGAGAUGAUGUUCCUCCCUUAGAUGGAGAAAUAGAAGAGGACAAGUCAUACAAUGGUGGAGGAAUAGGUUCUUCAAAUAGGAUGAUGGACUUCUUGGAGGAGCCGAUCCCUGGUGUGGGGACCUAUGAUGAUUUCAACACAAUUGACUGGGUGAGGGAGAAGUCUCGAGACCGGGAUAGGCAUCGAGAGAUUACCAAUAAAAGCAAAGAGUCGACAUGGGCCUUAAUUCACAGUGUGAGUGAUGCUUUUUCUGGCUGGUUGUUGAUGCUACUUAUUGGGCUUUUAUCAGGUUCCUUAGCUGGCUUGAUAGACAUUUCUGCUCAUUGGAUGACAGACUUGAAAGAAGGCAUAUGCACAGAAGGAUUCUGGUUUAACCAUGAGCACUGUUGCUGGAACUCCGACCACGUCACCUUCGAAGACAGAGACAAAUGCCCAGAGUGGAACAGCUGGUCCCAGCUUAUCAUCAGCACGGAUGAGGGAGCCUUUGCCUACAUAGUCAAUUAUUUCAUGUAUGUCCUCUGGGCUCUCCUAUUUGCCUUCCUCGCCGUGUCUCUUGUCAAAGUGUUUGCACCUUAUGCCUGUGGCUCCGGAAUUCCUGAGAUAAAAACUAUCUUGAGCGGUUUUAUUAUUAGGGGCUAUUUGGGUAAGUGGACCCUGAUUAUCAAAACCAUCACAUUGGUGCUGGCCGUGUCAUCUGGCUUGAGCCUGGGCAAAGAGGGCCCCCUAGUGCACGUGGCUUGCUGCUGUGGGAACAUCCUGUGCCAUUGUUUCAACAAAUAUAGGAAGAAUGAAGCCAAGCGCAGAGAGGUCUUGUCGGCUGCAGCAGCAGCAGGCGUAUCUGUAGCCUUUGGGGCACCCAUCGGCGGAGUGUUAUUCAGCCUAGAAGAGGUCAGCUACUAUUUCCCCCUCAAAACGCUGUGGCGCUCGUUCUUUGCUGCCUUGGUGGCAGCAUUUACUCUACGUUCCAUCAAUCCCUUUGGCAACAGCCGCCUGGUUCUAUUUUAUGUGGAGUUUCACACCCCCUGGCAUCUCUUUGAGCUUGUGCCCUUCAUUCUGCUGGGCAUAUUUGGUGGUCUGUGGGGAGCUUUGUUUAUCCGCACCAACAUUGCCUGGUGUCGGAAGCGUAAGACCACUCAGCUGGGGAAGUAUCCUGUUGUAGAGGUACUCGUUGUGACAGCCAUCACUGCCAUCCUGGCUUUCCCCAAUGAAUACACCCGCAUGAGCACAAGUGAGCUCAUUUCUGAGCUAUUCAAUGACUGUGGACUUCUGGACUCCUCCAAGCUCUGUGAUUAUGAGAACCGUUUCAACACAAGCAAGGGGGGUGAGCUGCCCGACAGACCAGCUGGUGUGGGAGUCUACAGUGCCAUGUGGCAGCUGGCCUUGACACUCAUACUGAAAAUUGUCAUCACUAUAUUCACCUUUGGCAUGAAGAUCCCUUCUGGCCUGUUUAUCCCCAGCAUGGCUGUUGGUGCUAUAGCAGGUCGACUUUUAGGAGUGGGAAUGGAGCAGCUGGCUUAUUACCACCACGACUGGGCCAUCUUCAAUAGCUGGUGUAGUCAGGGAGCGGAUUGUAUCACUCCUGGCCUUUAUGCGAUGGUUGGGGCUGCAGCCUGCUUAGGUGGGGUGACGCGGAUGACCGUUUCUCUCGUUGUCAUAAUGUUCGAACUAACUGGGGGCUUGGAGUACAUUGUGCCUCUGAUGGCUGCAGCCAUGACAAGCAAGUGGGUGGCAGACGCUCUUGGGCGGGAAGGCAUCUAUGAUGCCCACAUUCGUCUCAAUGGUUACCCCUUUCUUGAAGCCAAAGAAGAGUUUGCCCAUAAGACCCUGGCAAUGGAUGUGAUGAAACCCCGGAGAAAUGAUCCUUUAUUGACUGUCCUUACUCAGGACAGUAUGACUGUGGAAGAUGUAGAGACUAUCAUCAGUGAAACCACUUACAGUGGCUUCCCAGUGGUGGUGUCCCGGGAGUCCCAAAGACUUGUGGGUUUUGUUCUCCGAAGGGAUCUCAUUAUUUCAAUUGAAAAUGCACGGAAGAAACAGGAUGGGGUUGUGAGCACGUCCGUCAUUUAUUUCACCGAGCAUUCUCCUCCCAUGCCGCCAUACACCCCGCCCACCCUGAAGCUCCGGAACAUCCUGGAUCUCAGCCCCUUCACUGUGACUGACCUCACCCCCAUGGAGAUUGUCGUGGACAUCUUCCGCAAGCUGGGACUGCGGCAGUGCCUGGUUACGCACAACGGGCGGUUGCUCGGAAUCAUUACCAAAAAGGAUGUGUUAAAGCAUAUAGCACAGAUGGCGAACCAAGAUCCCGACUCCAUUCUCUUCAACUAGAAUCACAGGGUUGUGCUGGAUAUAAAACAGGAAGGACAUUGCAGACCAUGGAUGUAUUUUGUUAACUGGGUACCCAAAACACAUUUCCCGUAUUUGGAGGGUGAAGUUAUAUUAUUAGUGUGUUGUCCCUUUCCUCUAAGUUAACCAGUUGCACUACAUAAUCUCUGGAAUUUAAUCUCCUCUUGAGGAGAAAAUACAGUUAGGCUUCUGUGAUAUUGCAUUAGGAAGAUUUUAUGAAAGAGUCAACGAGAUUGCUCUGGUUUCAUUCUUUUUAAUUUUUUUAAAAUUUAAAACAUAAUUGUUAGCCAAUAUGCAAUCACUGAAAACUAUGCAAGAAAAAUUCCAACCGUCCUGACCUAUAGCCUGUAGGAAACUCAUGAAAAAGUCACUUUUUUUGGACUCUAACUGUCGUUGGUGGAAGAUGAAGUGUAAGCUAAGGGGCUUUGCUUUUCCAACCACAGAAAGGAAAGCCAGAAGGAAAAUAGUAAUGGUGUUUUCCAGACUGUGAAAAUUCAGUUCAAAUGUUAUCUUGUUCCUGUUACAAUAUUUAGCAUUAUUAGUUUGUGUGUGUGUAUGUGUACGUUAAUUUUAAUAUCUGAUUAUAAGACAAUGCUGCUUUGGUUAACCUUCUCUAAACGAAUUUAGAGAGGUUGACUUUUAUAGCUUGCUUGUUCCUGGUACUCUUUUGAAGUGCACAAAGAUAAGUCAUGGAACUUUCUCCUUGUCUGCAAAAAGGGUAAUUUUCCUGAUGGUAUCUGUUAGCCAGUAGACAAGGACUUCGUCAUGAAUUUGUUAGUAGCAAGGAAUGAUUUCUUCAGCUUCCUUGGAAUGAAUGAUUAGUAAAGUUCUAAGCAAAAUCAAUGACUAGGAAUUUCACAUUUUCUUGUGAGGUCCCGACUCAUUCUCUUAGCCAGAUGCCGCCUCCAUGAGUGAUGGUGCUUUAGGCUUCUGGAAUAUGUUAAGAGUAGUAAAGGGAAUCACUUUGAGACUGCGUACUGAUAAACCAGGGAAGAUCCCGAGCUAAAUCUGCAUACUCAUGCAUUCCUUUGUGAAGACCACCAGUACUAAAAUAGCUGGGGGCUCAUGCCUCCUCCCAGUGUUAAGUACAUAUAACAGGCCAGUGUUGUCCCUGUGAACAUGAAUUUAGGCUUGGGGUACAUUCAAAUAUAUUUGAGGCAUUGGAAUUAGGAUAGGCAGCUGCGACUCCCUUGAGGCUCCUUAGAAUUCUAAGUAAAACGCAGAGCUAUCCUAAGACCCAGGGGUGUGGACAAGGCCUGGUAACACCAAAGGUGCUUGUUUAUCCAAUUGCAAAGGUGCCUGUCUCAAUUUUCUACCACCUUUACUGCAGUAGAAAACAUCACACUGUAGGGACACCUGGUGGAAUCACAGAGCCACCACCAUCACCAUCAUUCCGACCGACGCCUGGUUUCAUUUUCUGUUGUUUCCCCCAUGUGCAGCUGUCCCUGCUACCAACCUUGUGUUCCCCUCCAUUCUUUUCCCCUACCACUCCUCAGUCCCCAGUCCUCUCUUUGGUAUUGGGCGCCAUGCCUGGUUAAUCAUUCCUCUCUCAAGAAAGAACUCCCAGGGAUAGUUAAAUUGUAAACUGGGGCUCAGCAACCUUCUGGCAUGGGGACCCGAGGUAGCGCACAGCCGUCUGCUUUGCUCUCUAGCGCAGUUGCUGCCGCCAUGCCUCCCUACCUCUUUGUGCCGCUGCCCAGGGCCCGCAGCAGCGGGACUCAACUGCCAGGGCUGUGAGUUCAGCCUUUCCUGUUCUGCAGGUCCGUCCCCCGCACUGUGCGCCAUCCUUCCAGCCUAGAACCAGCAGUCACUCAGCGCAGCCUCCCCUUCCUUCUACCUCCCC